AUCAUUCGCGGCUAAGAAACUGAAACGAAAUGUGCUCAAAGCUCUCAAUAAUUGCGCUCACUGUGCUCCUGGGCGCCAUGUGUGUGCACAGCGCCGUUGUGGAUCAGUCUCAGCUGGUGGUGGAGAAACAGGAGCCGGAGGGCCAGACAACGCAGCCACCGGCUGUGGACGAGGCCAGUGUGCCGGAGCAGUGCCACCAGCCCAAGGUGACGGGUCGCUGCUUUGCCCUAUUCUAUCGCUUCGCCUACAAUCUGGAUACGCACGCGUGCGAGGAGUUCAUCUAUGGCGGCUGCGGCGGCAACAGCAACAACUUCAAUUCGAAGGCGGAGUGUGAGAAGCUGUGCUUGGGCAAGGCAGAGGCGCCAGCAGAGACACUAGCAUCCGCGACUGAGCAAAGCACAGAGCAGACUACGCAGUCACAGCAGUCGGCAGAGACGACAAUCAGCACAGUCGCCUAAUGGGAAGCACCCGGAUAGUGUCUCUACAUACAUACAUAUGCAUAUAGUAUAUAGGUCUUACACUCUUAGCACUCGUCUAAAAUUAUAGAAAUCACGUCUCCUCUAUACCGACCUACCCAUAUUUGUACAGCUCUAAUGAGUAUGAGUACUUAGCUCCAGGGCCGGCAUCUUC